AUGACGUUGCUACUCGUGGUGAUAUGCUCCAUUGUGUCUGGUCUCUCCUUCUCGCACACACACACCAGCAAUAUAGCCUUGCUCUACUUCUUCUACUUCUGGUUCGGAUUUGGCAUCGGAGGUGACUACCCGUUGAGCACUAUCAUCAUAUCCGUGUACUCCAACAAGAAGACUCGUGGCGGGUUCAUUGCCGCCAUCUUCGCCAUGCAAGGCUUCGACAUCCUCGCCGGUGACAUCAUCACGCUCGUCAUCUCCACAACGUUUUGUAAGGCAUUCUCGGCGCCAGUGUGCCUGGUCAACACCGUGGCGUCCACUGUGCCGUAG